AUGCACGUACCCAGCAUCUCCAGUGGUCCAGUGACUGUACACAAUGCUAUUUCUGUUCGGCGUUCUUCCAGCAUUUCGCGAGCGAGACGUCCCGCGCGAGUAAUGAUAGCCGGACCGAAGCCUGUCCGUGUCGCCGAUUGAUAAACGCGCUUCGAAGAAGAGGAGAUCGAACGCAUCGCGGCAGAUUAUGAUAUGCAAGAAGGGCACGGGAUAAACGUCAUACCGUAGAAAACGCGUAACGAGGAACCUGAAGAAGCUGAAGCGCAAGAUGCUUUCGAUGAUCCCGGUUUAAUCACACGUUUGCAAAGCAAAAUGAUAUCCCCUUUAAUCAUCCUGAUCCUUUCGGUGGGGAUCUGCUACAGUAACCCAGACGCUAAGAGACUUUACGAUGAUCUGCUCUCAAAUUACAAUCGGCUGAUCCGACCUGUAUCCAAUAAUACCGACACCGUUAUUGUGAAGCUGGGACUCCGUCUCUCGCAGCUCAUUGAUCUCAAUUUAAAAGAUCAAAUCCUAACGACGAACGUCUGGCUAGAACACGAAUGGCAGGACCAUAAGUUCCAGUGGGAUCCUUUGGAAUACGGAGGUGUCACUGAACUCUACGUGCCUAGCGAGCACAUAUGGCUGCCCGAUAUCGUGCUUUAUAACAACGCGGACGGGGAAUACGGCGUGACGACGAUGACCAAGGCUAUUCUGCAUUAUACCGGCAAGGUUCUUUGGACACCACCGGCAAUUUUUAAAUCCUCCUGCGAGAUAGACGUCAGAUACUUUCCCUUCGAUCAGCAAACUUGUUUCAUGAAAUUCGGCUCGUGGACGUACGACGGCUUCCAAAUCGAUCUAAAACACAUCAAUCAAAAUGUGGGCGACAAAGUCGAAGUAGGCAUCGACCUGCGAGAAUAUUAUCCUAGCGUAGAAUGGGACAUACUGGGGGUUCCGGCGGAACGUCACAAGAAAUACUAUCCAUGCUGUCACGAACCGUAUCCCGACAUAUUCUUCAACAUAACUCUGCGUCGAAAAACCUUGUUCUACACGGUGAAUCUCAUAGUACCAUGCGUUAGCAUCUCUUACUUGUCGGUGCUGGCCUUCUACCUGCCAGCUGAUUCCGGAGAGAAGAUCGCGCUGUGCAUCAACAUCCUGCUUUCCCAAACCAUGUUUUUCCUGCUGAUAUCUGAGAUUAUACCAUCCACGUCAUUAGCGCUACCGUUGCUCGGCAAAUAUCUGCUCUUCACGAUGAUCUUAGUCGGACUGUCAGUCGUGAUAACGAUUAUUAUACUGAACGUGCACUACCGCAAACCGAGCACUCAUAAAAUGGCACCUUGGGUGAGGAAAAUCUUCAUCAGGAGAUUACCGAAACUGCUCCUGAUGAGAGUGCCCGAUGAUCUUCUCAAUGAUCUCGCCGCGCACAAGAUACACGGACGAGGAAGAUCGGGAAAGAAGAGCAAAUUCAAUGCUGCCAUUACAGCAGCAGCGCAAUCAUCAUCGAUAAUAUCUUCGCCGGAUUCUGCCCGCCAUCAGAGAAUCGACGGUUGCAAUGGUUUACACAGGACGACUGUUCACAAUCGAUUUCUAGUCGGCAGUUUAGAAUAUAAUGGGCUUCCAACAGUUAUGUCCGAUCUGGAUGAGUCAUUGAGCGAUGUAACGCCAAGGAAGAAGUAUCCUUUUGAGUUGCAAAAGGCUUUACACAACGUAAUGUUUAUCCAACAUCACAUACAACGUCAGGACGAAUUCAAUGCAGAAGAUCAAGAUUGGGGUUUCGUCGCAAUGGUUCUCGAUCGUCUCUUCCUGUGGAUUUUCUCGAUAGCCUCCGCAGCUGGAACCUUCACGAUUCUGUGCGAAGCACCGGCGCUCUACGACGACACGAAACCGAUCGACAUGCAAUAUUCUUCCGUUGCUCAACAGCAAUUUCUACCGCCUGGUCAGGACUUCUUGGAGACUAUCGUGUAGAAGCGUUCGUAGGACAUGAUUCUACAUAUUAACGUGGUAUUACCGACAUAUAAGGAAGCGGCGAGCCGUCUCACCGAAUAUAGCGAAGUCUGAUAGGUCAUACCAAGGAACCGAAGAAACUUUUUCAACGCGAAACGUAUAACAUUCGCGAUUGUUCCAUUACGCACAUUGCGAGAUUCUUAUUCAUAGGGAUUCUACUAUAUCUAGAUAAAUUACGGUUCUGAUGAUAUUUCUAAGAUGUACGAGAUAUUAGCAUUACAAUAUUGAUCGCGGUUCUGGCGGAACUGGCCUAAAAUAUAUAAGUGUGAUUUAAUCUCGCGGGAGACAACUCGCCGACUUGCCUUGUACGCGAAUGACGAUUACGACGCAUGAUUAUUAUUCCUGAAAUGAAAAACUUCAUUUUUACUUAUCGCUAUACGCGCAAGUAGUGCGCGAGUCGUUCUUUGAUAACAAUGUCUAUCGAUGUUCGCAAUGCUGCAACGGAAGACUUCGCGAUAGGUAUCAUUUGUAAAACUUUUGGUAACGAUGGUUACACAGACAAUGCAUAAUAAUGCUAUUUCACUCGCACAUCAAAGUCUAACUGUAUAUAGAGACACGUUUCAUGCUCUAAUUAACCCUUUCGCUACGGCAACGACCGAUCGAAAAGCUACUAUACAAUACGAACGUACGAAACUAGUGGCAUCCAUGUAUGUAAUUAGCUGGAAUCACACCUUUUAACAUAUUUUAAUAUUGCAUUUUUUAUAUCUUAAUAUAUGUUGACACUUCUACGAACAGAACAAUUCAUUAUUUCAUCAAGAUUCAACCGAAAAGCUAUCAUACAGCGGAUGCAAAACAUUAGCAUCCAAUAUAUAAAAGAUUCGUUUUAUUCAUAGACAUCAAAAUUUAUCGAUAUUAAGAUAUAAAAUAUGAUGUUAGGAGAUGUUAGAAGAUGUGAUAUUCAUAAAUACCAUGUAACUUGAACUAUAAUCCAGUUAUUGACGUGUUUGACUUUGUAGUUAGACUGAAAUCUAACUGACAUCAUAUCCUUUAACAUGUUUAAUAUUAUAUCUUUUACAUGUUUGCAUUGAUAUAUUUUAACGUUUAUAGACAGAAAAAUUAAAUCUUUCGCUACGGCAACCCGGGAUGCUAAUGGUAACUAUUUACACAGGAUAUUAAUAUAGUAUUAAUAUAAGAUUAAUUCGUUUAUAUUAUAAAAGUCUAUUGUUACGCAUUCUUUAUUAAGAUUAUAGAUUAGUGAAUUGUUAUGGCGACUAUAGUCGCCCUUAGUAGCGAAAGGAUUAAUAUCUACUCGAAAAGAGCAAUCGAUUCAUAUACGUAGCAUAGUUUUUCGAUGAAUUAUAAACGGAACUUUUUUCAUUACAAACGAGUUAUCGUAUAUACUCGAGUUUGUUCGAUAUACUGUACGCAUUGAAAACCAAAAAUAAAGACUACAAAAGGGAAAUCAAA